UAUCCAAACACCGUUUUUGUUUCAUUGGAAACUUAACGGAAAAAGGGGGAAAAUAUGAGGCUAUGGUGGGGUUCUUAACUCCAACCAAAUUGAAUGCCUUCCUUUCUUCCAUUCAGUGCAUAUGUUUUCACAAAUCUUAUCCGGCCAAUGCACUUCCUCUAAUUACGGGUUCUUUUAUCUCUGAAACGCUUAUUGCCUCCCGUCGUUCCAAACCCAUCACCGGCCACCGCAAUCUCCGCCGCUGCCACAUUGGUGGCGUUUCUCGUGAGAUACAUUUAACAAGAGUCCGCUAUUUCGAUGGCGGACAUUGUGAAACAUAUACUAGCAAGGCCUAUACAAUUGGCGGACCAGGUCGUGAAGAAUGCCGACGGCGUUAGCUCCUUCCGGCAGGAAUGUAUCGAGAUUAAAGCCAAAACGGAGAAGCUCCUCGGCCUUCUCCGGCAGGCGGCGCGUGCCAGCAGCGAUUUGUACGAGCGCCCCAUGCGCAAGAUCAUCGACGACACAGAGCAAGGCCUUGAAAAGGCCCUCACCCUCAUCUUCAAGUGCCGGGCUAGCGGGAUCAGCAAAGUCUUCACCAUCAUCCCCGCCGCCAAUUUCCGGAAAACCUCCCUGCAGCUCGAGAAUUCCAUCGGCGACGUCUCGUGGCUCCUCCGUGUAUCAACUCCCGCGGAUGAUCGCGACGAUGAGUACCUCGGGCUUCCUCCUAUCGCCACCAAUGACCCAACCCUCCACCUAAUUUGGGAACAGGUUGCGAUCCUCUGUUCCGGUUCCGUUAAGGACCGCUCCGAAGCGGCGGCGUCGCUCGUCUCCCUAGCGCGUGACGGUGACCGGAAUGCGAAAAUGAUAAUAGAGGAAGGUGGGGUUGCGCCGCUGUUGAAAUUGGCGAAGGAAGGGCGGAUGGAGGGGCAGGAGAACGCCUGCAGAGCUAUCGGGCUGCUCGGCCGGGAUCCGGAGAGCGUGGAACAUUUAUGUCACGCAGGUGUCUGCCAGGUGUUCGCGAAAAUUCUUAAAGGAGGACAUAUGAAGGUUCAAGUUGUGGUGGCUUGGGCUAUCUCCGAAUUUGCUGCAAUCCAUCCCAAAUCCCAGGACCAUUUCGCUCAAACCAAUACGAUCCCAUUGCUGGUUAGCCAUCUUGCGUUUGAGACCAUUCAAGAACACAGCAAGUAUCUCAUAGCCAGCAAGCAGCAAGGAAUGUCAAUACAUACAGUCGUGAUGGCCAAUUCAGGCUCUUCUGCUACAUCCUCUGCUAAUGGUAGUGCCUAUGAGGACAAGCUGAAUUCGGAGAGCCAGGUCCCACAUCCCAUGGGCCACGAAAGAAACGCCAAAGAAAUGCAUAAUGUGGUGACCAACACAAUGGCAGCCAAAGCAGCUAAUGAUAACAAGGUAGCUAAUCAACGCCACAAGCAGCAUCAUCAUCACCAAAAGCAACAAGUUGCCUUCCCGGGAAGUAGCAUUAAGGGGCGGGAAUAUGAAUCUCCCGAAACCAAAGCCGAAAUGAAAGCAAUGUCUGCUAGAUCUCUCAGGCAUCUUUGCGCGGGAAAUGUUAGCAUAUGUAAAAGCAUCACGGAGUCAAGAGCGCUUCUAUGUUUUGCGGUGCUACUUGAAAAAGGAGUCGAGGACGUGCGCUAUCAUUCGGCUAUGGCAUUACUAGAAAUCACUGCAGUGGCUGAGCAGAAUGCUGACCUGCGUCGCUCGGCUUUCAAGCCCAACGCGCCUGCUGCCAAGGCUGUUGUGGACCAGUUCUUAAGAAUUAUAACGAAAGCGGAUGAUUUUGACCUUUUGAUUCCAAGCAUAGCAUCUAUUGGAAACUUGGCUAGAACCUUUCGAGCUUCAGAAACAAGAAUAAUUGCUCCUUUGGUGGCACUACUUGAUGAUCGGGAACCGGAGGUGACUAGGGAGGCGACAAUCGCACUUAACAAAUUUGCAUGUACGGAAAAUUUCCUCCACGUCAACCAUUGCAAAGCCAUCAUUCAACAAGGGGGUGCUAAGCAUCUCGUCCCACUUAUUUACUUUGGUGAGCAAAUGGUUCAAAUCCCUUCGCUAACUUUGUUGUCUUAUAUUGCAAUGAGCGUUCCCGAUAGCGAGGCUUUGGCCCAAGAGGACGCGUUUAUAGUUUUUGAGUGGUCGAUAAAGCAAGCACACUUGAUGCAAGACCCAAGAGUUGUAGCUUUAGUGCAGGAAGGGAGAAACAGUUUGGAACUAUAUCAAUCUAGAGGAUCAAGGGGCUAUUGAUUGAUCUACUAUAUGCAUUAGUUCCAAGUUUACCACAAGGUUGUGGUGACCUCGUCUCGAAACAUUUGUGGGAUGAAUUUUUUGUCUUACACAGACGAUGACACUCUACAAUUUUCGGGCAACACAACUUUUAAUGCUUGAGACUUGAGUUGAAUGUAAUCAAGAGAGACUAUAGCUUCUUUUUAUGCCACCAACGGUUGAAUAGAACUCUACUGAAAUGAUAGUACGAACUGAGUACUUUGUAUAUGUAUACUCAAACUCCUUGAGUUUUUGCAUUUAGUUGAAGCAAGACAGGUAUUAUCGCAAAC